CUAAUCUAAAAGUAUUUAAAUAUGAUAGAUCUAUUGUUCUGGCAGUUAGUGAAGCUCAUCGCUUACUUCAUGGGCUGCCUCCUAAUUUACCUUCUGUACAAGGUUAUCUAUGUGCCGAUCAAGUUCAGACGCUUCUAUGGCAAAUAUAAAAAUGUGUUUGUGUCGUCAAAGUUCAUUCCUGUGCUUGGAGAUAUCUACUAUUACUUGCAAGAUAUACAGAGCAACAGAGUCUUUUAUGACCACAAUAAGAGACAACAACAGAGCUUUAAGCCUAACGAGAUUGAUCUCAGAGCUGACCUCCUAGGGACUGAUCCAAUGAUUGGUGUUGUUUCUCACAAAGCUCUCAAAGAAGUCAUUAGCCAAAUACCUGGGAAGAUAGACAGAGCUGAUAUUGACAAUACUCCAUGCUUAAGAAGAGCCAUACUGAAGAUGUGCGAAGGCUGUUUUGUCAAUUCUCCUUCAACUAAGAAGACCAUUGAGAGAAGGAAAUCUUUAACGAAGAUUCUGGGACUCAACCAUUCAUCAAAGAAUAUCCCUCUGAUGCUUAAGAAUGCAGAUAUCAUUCUUCAGGAUAUGAAGACAAAAGGCGAGGCAAAAAUGCAAGAUCAAAUGGCUCUGUUAACAAACAGGAUACUUGUCAGCUUUUUGUUUGGGAGAGACUAUGAAGAGCAUAUGUCUGAAUCAUAUGAGUAUCUGUACAAAGAUGGGACUACCAAGAAGUUCGAUCUCUGCUCCUUCUUUGCUAAUCUUGCGGUGGACAUGAGUGAUGAAUCUGGGAAUCUUUUCACUAUACUAUUUCCCCUUUUAAAUGUUUCAAACAUUAUCAAUCCUUGGAAGAGGAACCAUCUCAACAAGUUAACUUUAUAUGAAGCCCUGAGAAAGAUUGUGAAGAAGUCUCAGGAUGAAGACUCUUUCUGGAACCAGGUCCGCAAGCUCAACGAGUUUACAGAGGAUGAAAUCUUGGUAGACUUAAUGAUAUUACUAACCGCAGGCUCUGAAACCACUGCUGAUAAUUUUGUAGCCUUACUCUAUUACUUGAAGAAGUUCCCGGAAGCCAAGGAGAAGCUAAUGAAGGAAUUAGCACAGGUUGGAAUUGUGCCUGGCUGCGACUUCAACAAAGCCAUCACAAUGGAGAAUAUCCAAGCUUGUGAUUAUCUUUCAAAUGCCGUGAAGGAAUCUUUGAGGAUGGAUUCGCCACUUAAUUUUACAGUUUUCUAUCAAGCUUACAAAGAUACUGAAAUAUGUGGAGUCUCUAUUCCAAAAGGAACCAUCUUGAAGCAAGAAAUUGCUGGGCCCAACAAUGAUGAUAAAGACUGGCUAGACCCAGACACUUUUGAGCCUGAUAGACAUAACACCGAAUCCGAAUUCUUUAAAAAGUCUAAGGAACAAGGUAAAAUUCAAAAUGUUUUCUCAAGAAGAACCUUUGGACAUGGCCCAAGAAUGUGCCCUGGCAUGAGCUUUGCUACUUUAGAGAUGAAGGUGUUUGCUGCCUUCUUCUUAACCCAGAUGGAUUACGAAGUGAGCAAGGAAGACCUUGAAAACGACCAUAUCGGCUUUGGAAUUGGAAGUCAAUUCAGCCCUAAAUUCAAAAUCACCUAAGGUGUAUUGAUUUCCAAUAAAAGUUUGAUAAUCUCCUAUUUUUAUCACUCUAUAGCUCAACUAUGUCAACUUCUCAGCAUUUCUUCCCUCCUAAAGAUCCCAACUUCUCCCUCAAAUUUCCCUUCUUCCGCACCCAGGACCUCCUGACCUCUGAGCUUAGCUCAGAGGUCAGGAGGAUAGAGGAGGAUGACUGCAGUAAGGAAAGAGGGAGAUUAAGUGGUAAAAAAUUGAAAAUUUAUAUGGGAGGAGGCU